ACAGUAUCACUACAAUCCAUCUUUUUAAAGUCAUGCUUCAAAAACAACUUUGACUUUGACUCUGUAUCAAAUAAAAUGUACUAUUAAAGUAGUGCAUUUAAACGACUCUCACACUGUAUUUGUGUCAUACUCACGUGAAGGCUGGAAACGUGUUAGGUCCCAGUCGGACGUGAGCUCAGUGACCUUAGAGCCUGAAUAGGUCAGUGGCUGAGUGUCAGUCCCUUUAAAUGUGUCACCAUGUCUGUGGCGUGUAAGGCCUUAAAUCUCACUUGUUGCACCUGUAUAUAAAAACUAAAACUUUCUGUUCCAAUCCUUGUAGCAGAAACUCCAUUAUUCUGCGAUGAGGUGAACGCCAGAGGGCCACACCGGCCAGAAAACGGCAUCGGCAGCUGAGACCUUUAGAGUAUCUAGCGCCCCCUGGUGGAAAGACGGGGUUACUACACUUACUGUUCCACAGCGUCCCACUCUUGAUAUCACAUGCCACUAUAACAUAUGAAAUGUUAUGAUGUCUGAACAUAUUUUAUUUUAUAUGCUACAUUUCACGUACAAUUAUGAUCUGGAGUGUGCACGCACGAAGGGGUGUGUGUUAGUUUUAGUUACAUGUACAUUUGUGAUAUUUUUACACAAAUAUUUUUCAGCUGAUCAGUAGUUUGUCGAAAGUUUUCUGGUUAAAUAACUCUGCGGUUCACAAAACCAAACUUCACAAACGGCCUCGUCUGUUUGUUUAAUGCCGAACUGCUACAAUGUGUAUAAUUACAAACAUCUGGCGUGUUCUCAGGCAGCGCCGGCUGCGUCCGCUGUGGCCCGUUCAACGUGACGCUUCCCCUUUUUGAUCUUCGCGUUCGUGUUUAUCACGGAUCAGCAAUGCGUUAUUGAUCGCGGCGCUUCCUUUUAUUGAACAACACAAACAUGUCACUGAGCGGAAUUUGCUCACAGCCCUGACAGGAGCAGUCUCCUCCCCCUGAAGUGGAUGUGAAGAAGAGCCCUCUCUCUCUCUGCUCUCACAGAAAUACAGGAAGAAGUUGAACAAGUGUCAGAAAAAAAAAGCUGCGUUUUCGGGGAAUCCGCCCGCACGCUGUGUGUUUUGCACUUUGCCUUCCUUUCCACCCCCCUCAGCCCACGUAGACCUGGAGGAAUGAAGGUGACCAGUUCGAGGACGGCUGCGGCCGAAGUGGAGGCGCUGUAACGUGGGAUCCACUCCAGCGAAGAGCGGCGGCGUCGUUCGCGUCUAAAUGGAACCGGGUGCGCGGUGAAAAUGUCAGAGCACAGGUCCAGUUUCCUCCACAUCGGAGACAUCGUGUCUCUGUACGCGGAAGGCUCGGUCAAUGGCUUCAUCAGCACUUUGGGACUUGUCGAUGACAGGUGUGUGGUCCAACCAGAGGCCGGAGACCUCACCAACCCGCCCAAAAAGUUCAGAGACUGCCUCUUCAAAGUGUGUCCCAUGAACCGGUACUCGGCCCAGAAGCAGUUCUGGAAGGCAAAGCAGGGGAAACAAGGAAACAACAACACGCAGGCAGACCUGUUCAAGAAGCUACAGCAUGCGGCGGAGCUGGAGCAGAAGCAGAACGAGUCCGAGAACAAGAAGCUGCUGGGAGAGGUCGUCAAAUACAGUAACGUCAUCCAGCUCCUGCACAUUAAGAGCAACAAGUACCUGACGGUGAACAAGCGCCUCCCUGCGCUGCUGGAGAAGAACGCCAUGCGGGUGUCGCUGGACCCGGCCGGGAACGAGGGCUCCUGGUUCUACAUCCAGCCCUUCUGGAAGCUGCGCAGUGAAGGGGAUAACGUGGUGGUUGGAGACAAGGUCGUGCUGAUGCCAGUGAACGCGGGGCAGCCCCUCCACGCCAGCAACAUCGAGCUGCUGGACAACCCCGGCUGCAAAGAGGUCAACGCCGUCAACUGCAACACCAGCUGGAAGGUGACCCUGUUCAUGAAGUUCAGCGACUACAGGGAGGACGUCCUGAAGGGGGGCGACGUGGUGCGGCUGUUCCACGCCGAGCAGGAGAAGUUCCUGACGGGCGACGAGUACAAGAAGCAGCAGCACGUGUUCCUGAGGACCACGCUGAGGCAGUCGGCCACCUCCGCCACCAGCUCCAAGGCCCUGUGGGAGGUCGAGGUGGUGCACUAUGACCCCUGCAGAGGCGGAGCCGGCCAGUGGAACAGCCUGUUCCGCUUCAAACACCUGGCCACUGGAAACUACCUGGCAGCUGAGGUGAACCCUGAAUUCAAAGACAACACGGUGGAAUCUAAAGGAGAGAAUGAGCCGGAAACCGUGUUCUCCAAGAGGAAGCAUCAAGCUAAAGAGAAGAUCGCCUUCACCCUGGUGUCGGUGCCCCACGGUAACGACAUCGCCUCCCUCUUUGAGCUGGACGCCACCACGCUGCAGCGGGCCGACUGCCUCGUCCCCCGAAACUCCUACGUGAGGCUCAGGCACCUGUGCACCAACACCUGGGUGACCAGCACCAGCAUCCCCAUCGAUACGGAGGAGGAGCGGCCGGUGAUGCUCAAGAUCGGUACGUGUCCCACCAAAGAGGACAAGGAGGCGUUUGCCAUCGUGUCCGUCCCCCUGUCGGAGGUCCGGGACCUGGACUUUGCCAACGACGCCAACAAGGUGCUGGAGGGCACCGUGAAGAAGCUUCAGCACAGCAGCAUCACGCAGAACGAGAGGAGGUUCGUGACUAAACUUCUGGAGGACCUUGUUUUCUUUGUGUGCGUGGUGCCAAACAACGGCCAGGACGUUCUGUCGGUGGUCACUGCGACGCCCAACCGAGAGAGGCAGAAACUGAUGAGGGAACAGAACAUCCUCGCCCAGAUCUUUGGGAUCCUCAAAGCUCCGUUCACCGAUCAGGGCGAGGGUCCGAUGUUGAAGUUGGAGGACCUGGGGGACCAGCGCAACGCCCACUAUAAGUACAUGUUGAGGCUCUGCUACCGGGUGCUCCGGCACUCUCAGCAGGACUAUCGCAAGAACCAGGAAUACAUAGCCAAGAAGUUCUCCAUCAUGCAGUCCCAGAUCGGCUACGAGAUCCUGGCGGAGGACACCAUCACUGCUCUGCUCCACAACAACCGCAAGCUGCUGGAGAAGCACAUCACGGCCAAGGAGAUCGAGACCUUCGUCAGCCUGCUGAGGCGCAACAGAGAGCCCAGAUUCUUGGAUUACCUCUCUGAUCUCUGCGUGUCCAACAAAACCGCCAUCCCUGUCACCCAGGAGCUUAUCUGCAAAUUUAUGCUGAACCCGACCAACGCAGACAUCCUCAUCCAGACCAAGCUCAUCUCCAACACAGAGGCGACCCUGGAGACGUCUCUGCUGCAGGAGGAGGUGGAGGAGGAGGAGGUUUGGCUCUACUGGAUCGACAGCCACAAGGAGCCCCACGGCAAAUCCAUCCGCCACCUGGCCCAGGACACCAAGGACAACCACAAGCUGGAUGUAGACAUCAUCACCUACUACAGGUACCAGCUGAACCUGUUCGCUAAGAUGUGUCUGGACCGCCAGUACCUGGCCAUCGACCAGAUCUCUCGCCAGCUGCCCGUGGACCUCAUCCUGCGCUGCAUGUUCGACGACGGCCUGCCCUACAACCUCCGGGCCUCCUUCUGCCGCCUCAUGCUGCACAUGCACGUGGACCGGGACCCGCAGGAGGCCGUGGUGCCGGUGCGCUACGCUCGCCUCUGGACCGAGAUCCCCUCCAAGAUCACCGUCACCGAGUUCGAGUACGAGUCCACGGAUACGUCAAGGGAGGAGAUGAAGAGGAAGUUUGCUCCCACCAUGGACUUCGUGGAGGAGUAUCUGAACGAUGUGGUCAAUCAGCCGUAUCCGUUUGGGGACAGCGACAAGAACGAGCUCACGCUAGAGGUGGUGAACCUGGCUCGUAACCUGGUUUACUUCGGCUUUUAUGGCUUCAGUGAGCUGCUGCGCCUCACGCGCACCCUGCUGGCCAUCCUGGAUAUUGUCCAGCAUCCGCUCCCCUUCAUGAACAAGCUCAGCAAGAGCCCAGAGACUGGCAACAAUGUCCUGCGGACGAUCCACGGUGUUGGAGAAAUGAUGACUCAGAUGGUGAUGAGUCGGGGGGUGCUGCACAGCCUGCCCGACUCCCCCGCCUGCCUGCGCUACGGCAAGGCCCACCUCAUGCCCGACAACGAGGACGUCAUGGUGAUGGACACGAAGCUGAAGAUCAUCGAGAUCCUGCAGUUCAUCCUAAGCGUGAGGCUGGAUUAUCGGAUCACGUACCUGUUGUCCAUGUACAAGAAGGAGUUCGGAGACAAGUCUAUAACGGACAGCUCUAUGUCAGUGGCCGAUGUCGUUCCAGUUACACCGUCUGAGCCGGACAUAGAUGAGAUCGCGUGCAAAGCCGAGAGUAUGUUUGCAGGAGGUUCGGAGUUAAGUGCAGUGGAGCUGGACGAUGAGGGCGGCCAGACGUUCCUGAGAGUCCUGAUCCAUCUCAUCAUGCAGGACUACCCCCCGCUGGUGUCUGGGUCGCUGCAGCUCAUCUUCAAGCACUUCAGCCAGAGAGCGGAGGUGCUGCAGGCCUUCAAACAGGUCCAGCUGCUGGUGUCGGAGCAGGACGUGGAGAACUACCAGCAGAUCAAGGCCGACCUGGACCAGCUGCGUCUGGCGGUGGAGAAGUCCGAGCUGUGGGUGGAAAAGAGUGGCGUCUACAACGGCGAAGACCUGGGGGUCACGCAGGGCGCGGAGGAGGUUGCUCUGAGCCCGGUGCAGAACGGCGAUCACAAGCCCCACAUCGACAGCAAUAAGUCAAACAACUACAGCAUUGUCAAGGAGAUCCUGCUGCGCCUCAAUAAGCUGUGUUACCCCAGCAAGAAGAGCCGCGUGCAGCAGCAGAGGCUGCUGAAGAACAUGGGGGCCCACACCGUGGUCCUGGACCUGCUGCAGAUCCAGCACGAGAAGAGUGAUGAGAAGAUGAGCGAGAUCAUGACGCUGGCACACACGUUUCUGCAGAAUUUCUGCAGAGGGAACCCUCAGAACCAAGUUCUGCUACAUAAACAUUUGAACCUCUUCCUGACUCCAGGGCUGCUGGAGGCUGAGACGAUGCGGCACAUCUUCAUGAACUACUACCUGUGCAACGAGAUCAGCGACCGCGUGGUCCACCAUUUCGUGCACUGCAUCGAAACGCACGGCAGACGAGUCCAGUACCUCCGGUUCCUGCAAACCAUCGUGAAGGCGGACGGGAAGUACGUGAAGAAGUGUCAGGACAAAGUCAUGACCGAGCUGGUGAACGCGGGCGAGGACGUGCUGGUGUUCUACAACGACCGCUCCUCCUUCCCGGUGCUGCUGGCCAUGAUGGCCUCCGAGCGCGAGCGCACGGACGAGAACGGCGCGCUGGCCUACCACACCACGCUGGUGGAGCUGCUGGCCGCCUGCACCGAGGGCAAGAACGUCUACACGGAGCUGAAGUGCAACUCCCUGCUUCCCCUGGACGACAUCGUCAAGGUGGUGACUCACGCCAACUGCAUCCCGGAGGUGAAAAUUGCCUACGUGAACUUUGUGAAUCACUGCUACGUGGACACGGAGGUAGAAAUGAAGGAGAUCUACACCUCCAAGCACAUCUGGAAGCUUUUUGGCAACUUCCUGGUGGACAUGUCGCGCGUGUGCAACACCACCACGGACCGUAACCAUGCCGACCUGGCCCUGGAGAAGUACGUGACGGAGACGGUGAUGGCCAUCAUCAAGGGGUUCUUCAGUUCGCCGUUCUCCGUCAACCACGUCAACAUGCAGACCAACCAGGCCACCUUCAUCAAGCUCCUCCAAUCAGCUUUCAGGAUUUACAACUGUGGCUGGAUCAACUCUGCCCAGAAGGCCAGCAUCGAGAGUUGUGUCAAAACCCUGGCUGACGUCGCCAAAGCCAGGACCAUAGCCAUCCCUGUGGACCUGGACGGCCAGGUCAGCGCGCUGUCCCUCAGAGUCCACAGCAACAUGGUGCAGAGGGCGGCGAAGGACUGGAGGACGUCGGCGCGGCGGCCGCGCAAGGAGACGCUGGGCGGCCUCGACUACAAGCACAUCAUCGAGAAGCUGCAGGGCGUCGUGUCCUGUCUGGAGCAGCAGUUCAGUCCCAAGGUGCAGGCCGAGUUCUCCGUGCUGGUGGACGUGCUGCACAGCCCCGAGCUGCUGUUCCCCGAGGGCGCUCGGCUGCGCUGCGAGAGCGGCGCCUUCAUGUCCAAGCUGAUCAAACACACCAAGAAGCUGAUGGAGAAAGAGGAGAAGCUCUGCAUCAAGAUCCUGCAAACACUCCGCGAGAUGCUGGACAAGAAGGAGUGCUUUCAGGAGGCUGGAAACGAGUUAAGAAAGAUUCUGCUCAUACGCUACUUUGGAAAUCAAAAGGUUGUCUCCAAGUCAGAGCUCGGGAGUGGAAACAGCUCAUCUGGCAGCUUUGUCAAGUCGUCAUCCGGAGGAGGUUCCCUCAUGCACGACUCGGACAAACCCAGCAGCAGCAUGGUGGAGAUCCAGUGUCUGCUGGACAACGUGGGCGCGUCCGAGCUGGUGAUUGACCUCAUUGUCAACACUAAGAACGACCGGGUGUUUGAGGAGAGCAUCCUGCUGGGCAUUGCCCUUCUCCAGGGUGGAAACACACAGAUACAGAACUCCUUCUACCACCAACUGUUCAAGCAGAAGAAGUCGGAAACGUUCUUCAAGGUUUUUUACGACCGCAUGCGUUUGGCCCAGCAAGAGAUCCGGUCCACUGUGUCCGUCAACAUGUUCGAGCUCAGCACCAGGAAAAAGGACGACGACCCCGACAUCAUUAGCGUCAGGUCAAAGAAAGGGAAGGAGUCAGGGCUCCAUAUGAGGGAGGACAUGAGGGGGCAGCUGAAGGAGGCCUCGUCCGUCACCUCCAAGGCCUUCUGCGCCUUCAGAAAGGACGAUCUGGACCCCGACCUCGAGGACAUGGGUCAGAACGAGGCCGUCGGCGCCGACGACGCUUCCGAAGAAAUCCAGAUGAGCCCGUCCAUCACCAUCAUGAAGCCCAUCCUGCGCUUCCUUCAGCUGCUCUGUGAGAACCACAACGCAGGCCUGCAGAACUUCCUUCGCAACCAGAACAAUAAGACUAACUACAACCUAGUGUGUGAGACGCUCCAGUUUCUGGACUGCAUCUGUGGCAGCACCACCGGAGGCCUGGGGCUGCUGGGUCUUUAUAUAAAUGAGAAUAAUGUGGACCUGGUUUGCCAAACACUGGAGACCAUCACAGAGUACUGCCAAGGACCCUGUCAUGAAAACCAGACCUGUAUCGCCAAGCAUGAGUCAAAUGGCAUUGACAUCAUCAUAGCACUGAUUGUAAACUCCAUCAACCCCCUAGAGAAGAACAGACUGGACCUGGUGCUGGAGCUCAAGAAUAAUGCGUCUAAGCUCCUGCUCGCCAUCAUGGAGAGCCGCCAUGACAGCGAGAACGCAGAGAAGAUCCUUUGCAAGAUGAGACCCACUGAGCUGGUGGACGUGAUGAGGGAAGCCUACGCGCAGAGUCUGGACAGCGAGGAGGACGACGACUGCGUUGGAGACCAGAUCACGCCCAGAGACGUUGGACACAACAUUUACAUCCUGGCCCACCAGUUGGCGCGACACAAUAAGAUCCUGCAGCAGAGCCUGAGACCGGGUUCGGUGCUGGGCUCGGGCUUCGACCCGGACAUCGACAAGGACGACGCCCUGGACUUCUACGCCAACCACACGGCUCAGAUAGAGAUCGUGCGUCACGAUCGCACCAUGGAGCAGAUCGUCUUCCCGGUGCCCAACAUCUGCAAGUACCUCACCGAGGAGUCCAAGGUGCGCGUGUUCACCACCACGGAGAGGGACGACCAGGGCAGCAAGGUCAACGACUUCUUCCAGCAGUUCGACAACCUCUACAACGAGAUGGCCUGGCAGAAGAAGAUCCGCAAGAACAAGGCUCUGUUCUGGUUCUCCCGCCACAUUUCCAUCUGGGGCAGCAUCUCCUUCUACCUGGCCUGCCUGCUCAACAUCGCCGUGGCCGUGUUCUACCCCUUUGGCGAUGACGGAGAUGAGGGCACCCUGUCGUCCUACUGGGACGUCCUACUGUGGGUGGCGGUGGGGGUGUUCACCCUGUUACUCCCCGUCUUACCCAAACCGUGGGGCAUCCUCUUCUUCCUGGUCUCCCUCAUCCUACGCGCCAUCUACACCAUGGGCCUCGGUCCCGCUCUGCUGCUGCUGGGCACCAUCAAUCUCUUCAACAAAGUCGUCUUUCUGGUGAGCUUCGUGGGGAACCAGGGGACGUUCACGCGAGGCUACAAGGCCGUGGUCAUGGACAUGCUCUUCAUCUACCACCUGAGCUACGCCAUCAUCUGCGUCCUGGGCCUCUUCGUGCACGAGUUUUUCUACAGCUUCCUGCUGUUCGACCUGGUGAUCCGAGAAGAGACGCUGCUCAACGUGAUAAAGAGCGUGACGAGGAACGGCCGCUCCAUCAUCCUGACGGCCGUUCUGGCCAUCUUCCUCGUCUACUUCUUCUCCAUUAUCGGCUUUCUGUUCCUCAAGGACGAUUUCCGCAUGGAGGUGGACCGACUCCCUGCACCAGGAAAGUUCGAUUUAUUUCGAAACAGCGAAGUUGAAAAGUCGUGUAUGAAAGACACCUGCUCACUCUCCGCACCUAAAUCUGCUCCUGAUAAGGAUGAUCAGACAGAGCGGGUGUGCGACACUCUGCUCAUGUGUAUAAUAACCGUGUUGAACCAGGGACUUCGUAAUGGGGGAGGCGUGGGAGACAUUCUCAGGAGACCUUCUAAAGAGGAACCUCUGUUUGCUGCCAGAGUAGUUUACGACCUCCUGUUCUUCUUCGUCGUCAUCAUCAUCGUGCUCAACCUCAUCUUUGGCGUCAUCAUCGACACCUUCGCUGACUUGAGAAGCGAGAAACAACGGAAGGAGGAAAUCCUGAAAACCACUUGUUUCAUAUGUGGCUUGGAGAGGGACAAGUUUGACAACAAGACGGUUUCCUUCGAGGAGCACAUUAAGUCUGAGCACAACAUGUGGCACUACCUCUACUUCCUGGUUCUGGUGAGGGUGAAGGACCCGACGGAGUACACCGGCCCUGAGAGCUACGUGGCUCAGAUGAUAGCGGAGAAGAACCUGGAGUGGUUCCCCCGCAUGCGGGCCAUGUCGCUGGUGAGCAGCGAGGGCGACGGCGAGCAGAACGAGAUGCGCUCGCUGCAGGAGAAGCUGGACAACACGGUGGCGCUGGUGGCCCAGCUCUCGGGCCAGCUGGCCGAGCUCAAGGAGCAGAUGACGGAACAGAGGAAGAACAAGCAGAGACUCGGGUUUUUCGGUCCUCCUGCGCCCAACCAUCAGGUCUCAUCCCACUGAGGACGCAGGCCCCCGCUUCAGGCCCCCGGGGGGGCAGGAUGGGAGCCGAAAACAAAUGUGAACUCCAGCCUUAGGAACAAUACAGCACACGCAUCUACAGUUGCGGAGAAUCCAGCAAUAUCCUAACAUACAUGUAGUGCCUUUUUAUAUGAAACGAACAGCCUGUUGGACACAAUGACUCAACAGACCGUCUGUCUGCGCGAUUGGUCACGCUGCGAGAGUAAGCAGUGGGACCCCAGCAGAACCCCUGGACCUGCAGAGGCUGGAGACGGGCCGAGGGGAGCGAAGCUUUCUCCAACUGGCUUCCAGGGGAGGAGUGUGUAAAAAACACUGGUUUUAAGUCUCUGAUUAAGGCUGCCUUAACUCGAAGUGCACUUUUAGAAACAAGGGAUAUAAAAUUCAAUUGUGACUGGAAUUGUGGGGGGGGGGGGGUAGUUUUCAAUGCUUUGUGUGGUGUUUAAGAUGCACUUGCUGCACACGAGUUUUUUUUUUUACAUGUGUCUAUAGAGAGAUGGGGAAAAAAUAACAAUUAUCGGCCGAACCUACUUGAAAGUUCCUUUUUAAUCUCUAAAUAGAAAUUUUGGUACAUAAUGCAGUGUUCACUGAGAUGAUAAUGCUUUGUUACAAUAGAGACUGGAAAGACCUGACAUCAGCAGAGGCGUCGGCUAAUACUCUAAUACUGACUGUAUUCGCUCUUUUUCUAUGUAAGUCCUCUUUUCUUGGGUUGUGACGAAUCUGAACCUGGGUUUUAAACUUGCACAAAUAAAUUAUGAGCGCAACGCAAGAGAAUGUGA